ACGCUACCUAAGAGGCUUAGACGCAGCACAAUCUACAAAACGAUCACAUUGCAUCUGGGAAGACAGUAUGGAGCAUGGUUGUACAGUUAAAAAUAUGGAUUAUAUUGUUUAUCAACGAAAUUGCAGCCUUUCUCUGUGAUUAAGUCUGGUGGACAAAGAUAAAGAUACUCCUGUAUUAACGAAAUUGACUCAUCGAUUGACAGAAGUAAGGAUGUGGUUAAAGGAUUAAUUUAUUUAAAACACGGGGGAAGUAUUAAGCGCCUGAAAUACUAACCAAUGUUAACGAGUGGAUGACAAGUAGCGGCUAAAGUGCCUUUUUUUAAAAUAGAUACGUACAACAUACAACGUUUAAGCGUGAUGGAGACGCUUUUCAAAGAGCAAGAUUUUUGGGGAAUGAAUUUGUCCUGGAGCAACACGAGUCUCGGGAACGAGACUGAAGGAGCGAAUCAGUCGGUGAACCCAUUGAAGCGGAACGAAGAAGUGGCCAAAGUGGAAGUGACUGUACUUGUCCUGGUCUUACUGCUUGCUCUUGCUGGAAACCUGUGUGUCCUGCUGGCCAUUCACACGGCCAAGCACAGCCAGUCGCGUAUGUACUAUUUCAUGAAACACCUCAGUAUUGCGGAUCUAGUGGUGGCAAUCUUUCAGGUCCUGCCACAACUAAUUUGGGACAUUACGUUUCGUUUUUACGGACCCGACUUCUUGUGCAGGCUCGUGAAAUACCUGCAGGUCGUCGGAAUGUUUGCCUCCACAUAUAUGCUUGUUUUGAUGUCCAUAGACAGAUGCUUAGCGAUAUGCCAGCCAUUGCGCUCUUUACACAGAAAAAAAGACCGUUUCUACGUAAUUGCUUCUUGGAUGCUCAGCCUAUUGUUCAGCAUCCCACAAGUGUACAUCUUCUCCCUGAAAGAAGUGGGCAACGGUGUUUAUGACUGCUGGGGAGACUUCGUGCAGCCUUGGGGUGCCAAAGCGUACGUGACGUGGAUUACACUAACCAUCUAUAUCAUACCAGUGGCAAUUCUGAGCAUUUGCUACGGACUUAUAAGUUUUAAAAUAUGGCAGAACUUUAAACUGAAAACAAGGAGGGAUCAAUGUAUAUCUCUUACCCCUAAGCCCUCCAAAGGUCCUGCGCUUUCUCGCGUGAGCAGCGUAAGGCUCAUAUCCAAAGCUAAAAUCCGGACGGUUAAAAUGACUUUUGUCAUAGUCGUUGCAUAUAUUGUGUGCUGGACACCCUUUUUCUCCGUGCAGAUGUGGUCGGCUUGGGACCCAGCGGCGCCCAGAGAAGCAAUGGCCUUCAUCAUUGCGAUGCUGCUGGCCAGUUUGAACAGCUGCUGCAACCCCUGGAUUUACAUGUUCUUUGCAGGGCACCUUUUCCAUGACCUAAUGCAGGGCUUUGUCUGCUGCUCCACACGCUACCUGAAGUCCUCUCAGUCCCAGUGUGAGCGCCAGUCCAGCCGAAAGAGCAACUCCUCCACCUAUGUCAUCAAGAGCACCAGCAGCCAAAAGAGCCUCACGCAGACCUCCACUACGUGAGCUCCACCACACUCACAAAGACUACUGCACUUCUUUUUAUAUAUUCCUUCACAAAUAGUAAUAGUUGAACUGCAAAUACCUACACAUACUAUGAUAUGCUGUGUAAAUAUAUCAAAUUGCCAUUUCAUAUGACACAUGCAGAAAUGUUUUUCUUUAACCAAAUAAUGUAAUAUAAGGAAGAUCAGUAUUUUUUACAAUUUAAUGUAUAUAGUAGAUGUCUUUGUAUGUCAAUAAGUGGAGUAGCAUUGCAAUGACUGAAUGCUUAAAACAUUGCCCAGUGUAUACCUUAUUAUUCUGUGUGUACAAGGACACCAUACAAAGUGAUAUUGCUCAACAGAAAAUAUGGACAAAGCUCUUGAUUUGAUUGUACUUUAUGUGUGUCUCGAUUGUACACAUGCACUUUCUCAUUCAUAAUUACUCCAGUAUAGCUCUUUCUUGUAAUUCAUGCAAUAGAUAAGACCAUUUUAAUACAUGCGUGUGUGAAGUAGAUCUGCUCCACAAAGUACUGGUAUUUCUUUUGUACAAAGAAACAUUUUACUGAUUUGUGUAGACAGCAAAGCCCUUGCCCUAUUGCCUCACUUGGAAGGGAUUUAGAGGUCCUUGAAUUUGUUUUCUUUUAAGAUACCAAUUGUAAUGCGAUUUAGGUGAAUUAUGUCUGUCUGUUUCUGCUUUCUUGACACUGAACAGAUUCCCCGUGGUUUCGCCUUCCACCUCCAGAAUUAAAUUGCACAAUGACCUUAUCACAGCCAGCCGUGCAUGUAGACGCUUAAGAGACAUUUUUCACACACAGUAGAUUUAUUCAGAGAUAAUGGUCAUGUGUUUAUCUAUUUUUCCCCCAGUAAUUAUCUUUGAACAGAACAGCUACGUCUGAGUAUUCCCAUGAACCUACUGCUGGUUUUCUGGGUGUGUUUAGAAUGUACUGUAAUCUACUUUCAAUUCUGCAAUCCAUUCAAAUUAUUGUUUGAUAAAUUGCAGUAUUCACUGUAAUACCAGGCAACUUUAAUAAUUAUGGCAAUCUUGCUGAUUUUGUGGUGGUUUGUAUUGUGUCUAUGCAGGAAACUGUAACUUCUGUAAAUAUAUAUAUCUUUUUUCAUUUAGUGGGAUAUAAUUCACAUAAAAUUAAAUAAAUAUUUAUUAAAAU